AUGCUGCUUGGGCGCAGCCAGCGGCAAGUGCAGGACCUGAAGUCAGCGAACAGCCGCCGCAGCGGCGCAUAUGCCUGGACCUCUCCUGGCGUGGGCAUUGCUCCAUCUGAUGAUUCAGAGCUGCUCGCUGGCCCCUGUGCACCGACUACGUGGUGGGACGGCCUUUUUCGGAGCCUUAUCAAUUUCUGUUGUCGAGUCACUCCGUGUCGCUUGGCGCUGCUGUGUGGGCUGCUGUUUCUCACAACAAUGGCCCUCGUUGGUCGCUUCGUUUUGAACACCGGCUCGGACGAAAAGCAAGGGCUCCGUGGAGCCUUGUGGAACAGCUCGACUGGACUUCCCCCGAUUCGCGGCACUCCGGAGCACGGCACGCCGCAGAUUCGCGAGGAGGCCAAGCCCAAGGACAACCGGACGUCAAUGCACUCCGAGACGGCUCAAUGGGCUUCUGCCACGCCACAGCCAGGUACAGGAACGACAGUGGCGCUGCAUCCGCCGCACAAUGCCACGAACACAAGCUUCCAACUUCGCGAUGAGGAGGAGGAGGAGUUCGUCAUGCUGCCGGAGUCUACGGCAGAGUCACCGACAGGCCAAGACUCUACAUCAUCUUCGACUUGGAACACUUUCCGCGUCGACAGCAGGUUUUCGAGAACCUCUACUGGGAGCACUACCACAAGCAAGCAACUAGCAAGCAUGUUUGUCUCUCCAGUCCCAGUCGACAACAGCAGCACCACCAGAACUGGCAGUGCGAGCAGCUUCAGCAUCACGUUUUCCAGCACAGCUAGCAACACAAUGACAGAAACCACCACCUACACAACCGUCGGAAGCACUGUGACCCGCAGCUUCACAACUUUCCAUGGCACGGCUUCAUUAGCAACCACAAGCCCGGCAACCACGCAUACCUCAAGUUUCCAAACUACGUCCACCAGUGAAACAAUCCCAACAACAUCGAACCUUCGCACUACAGCGGCCUCGAGCGGCAGCACCCCGACCACGAGCAUGACCACCAUCGCUGACACAAGCACCAGAACAAGUCUCGCGGCCUCUGCCACUGACACCUUCACGGCAACAUCCUCCACAACAAGUUCGGUCACCACAUCUACCAUCAUCACCAGCUCCUCCAGCACUAUGACUCGGACUCGGACGGACAUCGUGACCCCAAAGUAUACCGCCAGCAGUACCACCACAUUGAGUGGGACCACCAGCUCCAACGCCAUUUUUGGCACCUCCCCUGCGGAGAACGCCCACAGCACCAGCACAACUCGCAGCAUCCACUCCAACAGCAUGGCUCGCAUCUCUGUCACCAGCACUUCAACCCUGACGUACACCCGUAGCACUAGCAGCACUGGUAGCACUGGUACGACUACCAGCCUGGGCCUGAGCACCGAAAGCACCCCGCACGGCUCUGCCACGAACACAAGUACAGCCUGCAUCGGCACUUCCAGCACGACAGUCACGUCCGCGGUGGCGAGCAAGAGCACUAGUGCUAGCACCACUGCACUCACCACUACUUUCACCACUGUCACUGGCACCGCCACUGCAACCGGCGACACUGCCUUCAAGUUCCAACUCGAAGGUCCCAGUCCUGCUGUGCCGAACUGCUAUUUGGAACCACUGGUUCCUAAGUCGGGGUGCCUCCGUGCAGCUGUGCUGGUUGGAGUUCAGUUCGGCUUGAACCAGCUUGGCCAAGAGACGACUGGGAAAAGGAUCUGCUUGAACCGCUUGCGAGAAGCGGGUCUUAACACAUUCGUUUUCAGAGCCGGUGUUUGCGAACUCUGGAACUGCAGCACUCGCGAAGCCUUAAGGAAGUGCGCUGAUGGCUUGCCACUCAGAGGAGGCACCUUCCUGGCGAGCCAAGAUCGUCUCGUGACCACUGGACGGGAUCGAGAACUCGUCCUGGAAGAAGAUGCUGUCGCAGGACUGGCACUGACUGUCUUCACCAACGAAGAUGGCAGCGUCUCGUUGCAAAGCCGGGAAGGUCGGUACGUGACGGCCCGGCCCGAUGGCACCAUCACGGCUUCGGGUCCAGUCCUUGGCACAUCGGAGAAGCUUCAUAAGACGCCCUUGGGAGGCUCUGAGUUUGCUCUUCGAACUGCCCAUGGCGCCUGGAUCACCGGCGGGUUGGGCCGCCUGCGAGCCAGUGCUGAGGCGACGAGAGGCCACUUCGUGCUGCACGUCCGCGACGGAGACAGUGCCACGUCGCCGGCCAGUGGCAGCGAAGGUCAUCCACUGGCCCAUCGCACAUCCGUGCACAGCAUGCUGUGCAGAUAUCAGGAGCCCGUUGGCGGACUCGGUGGGCGUCAGCGGCGCAGCCCGAGCUACGUCAAACUGUGGGAGUGGAACUACGCGGACGUCGCACGAGAGUGCCAAGAAACUCUGGGUCCGCAAGGCUUCGAUGCCGUGCAGCUGUCGCCCUUCACGGAGCACGUGAAGGGCCAUCAAUGGUGGGUGAGGUAUCAGCCCGUGUCCUUCGGCCUCAACUCUCGCAGUGGAACUGCGCCGGAGCUUCGCCGCGCUGUGGCGACGUGCCGGGCAGCAGGAGUCGCCAUUAUCGCUGAUGUCGUUCUGAACCACAUGGCAAGGCCCUGCUACAGCGCAGAGGCCCAGACGAACGGCGCAACACCCUGCGUUGGUUGGAGCGGAACACGGUACGGCAACCGCCAAACCGAAGGCGCUCACGGAUGGGAUUCUGCAGGGCCUAAGGACUUCCACCACCAGGUGAAUCACCUGACGUGGGGUGCCUGCGGCGUGGGUCCUGAAACCGGAUUCCUGUGCGGAUCGUUAGUGACAACGGAUUGCAGCUGCUGCAAAUGUGACAUGUACGGUCUGCCAGAUUGGAAUCUGUCUCAGCCCACAGUGCAGGAGAUGCAUAGUCGGCACUUGUCGGACCUCUUCGAGAUGGGUGUCACAAUGCUGCGCGUGGAUGCAGCACUGUACAUGGAUUCUGAGCACUUUGCGGCCAUCGUGCACCGCUUUCCGUGGGACGUGGUGUAUCAGGAGUGGUGGCACGAGCUGGCAGUGCCUGGGCGUACAGAUGUCUUCGGGCUUUACCGAGACCUCCACUUCAUGCGCAAACUGGCCGAUCUGCUGCAUGUACAAAGCGCGGAACGGUCAGCAGAGGUGGUCAUGCUUUCCAGGGGAGACUAUUUCAUCCCACCGCACGAAGCGUUGUACUCCACCUGCUUCCACGACGGGAGGACCGACAAUGCAGAUCCGGCGACUCCAACCUUCAAGAAUGGGCUGGCCUUCCAUCAACAGCAGCUCUUCAUGAUGGCCUCGCCGUUCCCCGUGUCCGUGCUUUUGUGGAGUGGAUACAGUUGGAAGUCCAUCGAACAGGGCCCGCCUGGCUGCGAGAGCGGCGAUCAUUGCAUGCCCCGGUCACCCUUCACUGACUUCCUGGGUUCGGCCACCGAAUGCCUGCCCACACCAACCGGCACUCCUUUGCCAGCGGAGGAGAGCAGCAGUCGACAGUGGGUCUGUGAGCACCGGUGGCGGGGAGUCGCGGGCCUGCUCCAGUUUCGGAAGGCGUGCCGUGGCCUUCCUGUGGAGCAGGUAUGGACCCGAGGGACAGUGCCCGCGAUGCGCUCCGGCCACGUGGCGUUCCGCACCGGCCAGGAAUGCUUUGUUGCCAUUGCAAGAGGUGGGCAAGGCGACUUCGACCUCAGCGGGCUGCAGCUGCAAUUCCCUUCAGGGCGCUACUGCGACCUGGCAUCCUACGAUGGGAGGAGCUGUGUGCGCGAAGUGUUGGUACAUGAGGACGGGCGAAUUCAACACGGAGGGGUUCCGGACGGAGACUUGGCAGCCGUCAGUGUGGCUGUCCGCUGGCCAAGUUGA